AGAGAGCGAGCGAGCGAGCGAGAGGCAGUGACAGACCACAAAGACCUCAAAGCACCGAAUUCAAGAGCAAAACAACCUUCUCAUGCCUUUCGGAUCUUCCCUCUCCUCUAUAUUGGCACCGAUUUCAAGACUGUUUUCCUAAUUUAUUUAUUGCUGCUACUAAUUUGUUUUUAUGCACAUGGUUUAGACGGUAUUCGUUGCCUCUCCAAGAAGAAACUUCUCCUUGGGAGAGAGAAGUGGAAAUCAAUCCCUAUGAGUGGCUAGAUUUCUGGGCUUUGACCGAAACUUCGUGACGACCCAGGAUUUCAUCCUUUGAAACCGGGGAAAAACUAAGAUAAAUAUGGGUUGUCGUAGCGAAGAAGAAAUUGAUCAAUUUUUUGAUACCCGGGAGGAGAUCUCUUCUGUUUCUGAUUGGGACUCUGAUUCUACGGAGGAAUCUGCUUCUAAGGUUGGACCUGUACAUGGUUUCGGUUACGAGUUAUGGACGAGGAAACCAGAAAGUGUAAUUGAUCGCCGUCGAAGGUUUAUGGGUCUGAUGGGUUUAAGCUUAGGUCAAAAUUCUGAUGAAUUCCAAUUUGAAAUAGAUAGAAUUACAGAAACUAGUGGAGCGGUGUUGAGGACUGCUGAUUCCGAGGAUGGGUUUUUAUCUAGUUAUUCCUCUCCACAUCUAACUGAAGUGAGGGAUUCGUUGGUCAAUGGCGCUUUGGAGGAUAGUCUUGUAUAUAGAAUCAAGAAUUUGGAUGAUGGAAAGGAGUUUGUUGUGGAUGAGUUGGGCAGGGAUGGAAUGCCUGUCAGGCUACUUGAAGUGGGUUCGAAUAAGUCGCUAAGUUUCGAAGAAUUUCAGAACAGUUUCGGGCCAUCUCCUAUUGUUCAGCAGCUCUUUUCUAGAGAAUUUAAUGAGGCAAGGGAUCUGGUUAAUGCAAAAAAGAAAGAGAAGAGGGGCUGGUUGAGGAAAUUAGGUGUUGCAGCUUGUAUAGUUGAUAGACAAGUGGAAGCUGGUGUGAUGGGCAGCCAUUUUGAAUCAACAGAAGGGGGGAGAAGAAUGCACAAAGUUAGAGUCCAUCCAUGUAAAAAGAGAUCUAAGGAACUAUCUUCCCUUUAUGCGGUACAAGAGUUGGUUGCACAUGAAGGGUCGAUUUUGACGAUGAAGUUUAGUCUCGACGGGCGGUACUUAGCAACUGGUGGUGAAGAUGGUAUUGUGCGUGUUUGGAAGGUGAUAGAGGAUCAGAGAUUGGACAGACUUGAUAUUCCGGAUAAUGAUCCGUCAUGUAUGUACUUCACAAUGGAUCAGCUUUCUAAAAUUAACACUGUUGAUACAGGCAAGGAGAAAAUCGAUAAAAUAAAGAGGAAACCAUCGGACUCAACUUUCGUUGUUUUGCCUUCUAAGGUUUUCCGGAUAUCUGAGAAUCCCUUGCAUGUAUUCCAUGGACACAGCGGUGACGUAUUAGACAUUUCGUGGUCCAAGAGAGGGUUUUUGCUAUCAUCCUCUGUUGAUAAGACAGUUCGUCUGUGGCAAGUCGGAUGUGAUAGGUGCCUGAGAAUUUUCUCUCAUAACGAUUAUGUAACUUGUGUUGACUUCAAUCCUCUGGAUGACAACUAUUUCAUCAGUGGUUCAAUAGAUGGAAAAGUUCGUAUAUGGGAAGUGCUUGGCUGCCGAGUGGUUGACUAUAUCGAUGUAAGAGACAUAGUCACCGCACUUUGUUAUCGCCCUGAUGGAAAGGGAGGAAUUGUGGGUUCCAUGACAGGAAAGUGUCGUUUCUAUGAUAUCAUAGAGAAUCAACUGCAACUGGAUACUGAAAUAUGCUUUAGUGGCAAAAAGAAGUUGCCAGGCAAGAAGAUAAGUGGCUUUCAGUUUUCUCCAUGUGACCCAAGCAAAGUAAUGGCUGUUUCUGCUGAUUCAACAGUCCAAGUAAUUCGUGGGACAGAUGUCAUUUGCAAAUUGAAAUCAUCUGGUCUUCGAACAGCAGGUAAUAAGAUUUGUGCAACAUUUACCUCUGAUGGGAAACAUAUAAUCUCAGCAAGUGAUGAUUCUAGUGUACAUGUCUGGAACUACAGUAGCCAGGACAGGACACAUACCCGGGCAGAGAAAAUUAAGUCUUGUGAAAGCUUCCUGUCCCACAAUGCAUCAAUUGCUAUACCUUGGUGUGGCAUUGAAACUUUGUCAUCUUCCAAUGGGGAUACAUGGGUAAAUAGCCUUGAGAAUGGACAACAGCAUCAGAAUCUUAAUUGGACGAUGGACCAAAAUAUUCCUCGCUCUUCACCAGAUUGUUUCUCGCGUACACGAGGGUUUUUGUUAGAGUCUCUGGUAAAGGGAUCCCCCACUUGGCCUGAGGAAGAACUUAAUAGUUCAAAACCAGUGGUGGUCUCACCUAGAAUGGGUAAAUCAGAGUGCAAGUUUUUAAAGAGUGCUCGCCAUAGCCUGUUCAGUUCUCCUCAUAUGUGGGGUCUUGUAAUUGUAACUGCUGGCUACGAUGGACGGAUCAGAACAUAUCACAAUUAUGGGUUGCCAGUUCAUCUUUGAUGCCAUUGCGAUCUGCUCAUCAAUUCGUGUAUGAUUCUUAUGUACGUAUAUUUGGUUGGAUUAUUCAUAGUGACUGACAUUGCACAUUUUAGGUUCUCAUACUGCUCUGAGCACGAGCAGCCGUGUGGGGCAGCAUGAACGACCAAUACACAGAAGGGUUUUUUAUAUUCUCAACCCUUUAUAGAGCAUAAGUUGCACUAUAAUCCAGUUAGGUUAGGUCAUGCCAAAUGGCUAUUUUGUUUUUGUUUGUCUAUUAUUUGGCCAGUGUCAACAAGUGGCUUGAAUAUGAUGGCCUUAUUGGAUACAACACACCUUACAGGUUAACGAUAGGAUUCUUUCAUUUUUUUUUUCAUAGAUGCCGUGGAGCUCAUACUUGCUUUAGUGUUCAUUUGUGAACUGAACUGUCCAGUGUACAUGUACAUAUGAUACUUACAUGGUGUAUGAUUCAGGUGUUUGUGGCAUAUCUGUCUCCUUGGAAAUUAGUUGAAUGAUGAAGAUGAUAGAUAUGAUUUGAA